AUGUCGAGACCAGUGCUUCACACAAGGAAAGACUUUCUAAAAGACUACAGCUUCCCAACAGCCCCCGCGCGAGAUUUUGAGCGCAAUGGGAUACCAGCAGCAUUUGCAUCCGGCCACCCUAGGCCUGAGAACUGGUUCAGCACCAAUGAAGCCUUUGAUUAUGACCAAUCCAUGAAGCAGGACGGCCAAUGUCUACACAGAAGUUAUCACAGCGCGCUUAGCUCCGAUCAAAAGCUUCUGGCGAUUAGCUCUAAUUGCGAACGCAUCGUGAUCUAUGACGUUGCAACAAAGGAAUUGCGAGCGGUACUUGAAGGGUCAGACCGAGUCGCAUUCAAGCCUGUACAAAGCCCCGCACAAGGUAAUGGUUACACAUUGAUAAGCAGUAUUUCCGAUCUCGAAGCGCGUGGGGCAGUCUCUAACAACAGGCUGAUUCUCUGGGACCUCGAUCAACAUGGGCGGCUGCUCGACGAAGAAGAACCUAUCGACACCGCAGACUUUGCUAGCCUAGCAAUCAAUGCUAUCCUGCCGAAGCUCACCUCAGACCACGAAUGGUCGAAAGACUUCGCUCAAGCUUCGAGCCUACACGCAGACUUCGAAAAGGCGCUGAGCCGCGCUGCCGCCGAUCAUCGUCGAAGACACCACACAAUUCUUAGCAAUGCCCAAAUCGGAAGCUUCAGUUCCUCUCCAUUCAGCGACGACGGUCGAUUCCUCCUGUACCAUGGCGAGAAUGGCUCAACUCAACGCGGUAUGAGGGACGGUGACAAGCUCCCUCACGUGGUUGUGUACGAUGUCGAUGCUGGGAAGGAAGUUCAUCGCUUGUACGGACAUACCGAUGCAAUCAUGUGGUCAGCCAUGAGCCCGGACCACCAGCUUGUGGCAUCUGUUUCUUGGGACGGAACCAUGCGCAUGUACUCAACAGAUACUGGGUACCUUCAAUGGGUCACAGAGGAUUCGGGCUCACAGAGUUGGGCGGGUGCCUUCACGCCAGACUCCAAACACGUUAUUUGGAGUUCCAAGAGCGGCCGCACAAUCAAGGUUCACGACGUUUCAGAUGGCCGCGAAGUGUGUGCUUUAGCAGAAGAGCCAGAUGAUUGGUGCCGUCAUUUCGCAUGGAAUACUACAGGCGAUAAGGUUGCUUUUGCAGGAAGGAAGCAUGCUUACGUCUGGUGUCCCUUCGAUAGUCCUCAUGGCACGAUAGAUCAGCACUUCGUGCUUGAAGAAGAUAAGGAUUGGCGAUUAUCGUCCAUUUCAUCAAUCGGUUGGAUGAAGGACGGCGAGAUAUUGGCUCUGGAGUUCUCUGACGGUACUAAGCUCAUUUAUAACACGCAAACCAACUCCAAGGAACUAUUUGUCAAGCCCCAAGGAAUGAACACUGCUUGGGUUGAUCAAGGACUGUAUGGCAUAUUGGGUGGUGGUCCAGAGCACCCAGACUUCUACCUCACUGUGGAUGGCGAUGGCAAGGUCAGGUAUUGUCCCACCAGUGUUCCUGCAGGCCCUUCUUGGUGGGAGAAAGAGCCGGGAAAGAAGAAGCUUGUGGAGAGUGCGAAGAAAAUGUAUCCAGAGACCGGGAAAUACGUCAAAGUUACGAAGGUGUCGCGCAAAGACGCUCCAAAGAACGACGAUGAAGGCGUUUCUUGGGUGGACGAGGGUGCGGCGAUUUGGACUGCUGAGUAA